AUGCGGCCGAAGCUCACUGGGGGGUUGCCGCCCAACCAGGUGUCGCAACACACUUGCUCCAGCUUCGGGACAUGGAUCAGAUCUUAUUCUUCCAUAGCUGCACGAGUCGAGCCUCAAGUACACGAGCUCCGAGUGCGGAGUGUCUAUCUCCAUGACAGAGUUGAGGCCGAAGUCACAAGACCUCAGGGAAAGGGACCGGAGCUUCUUGCAAGUUGUGAGGACGGCAGGAACGUCGUCACCGAAGCUAAGGUCCUCCAGGGUGAGCGCUCGCAGCACCGGUAUCACGAGCUCCAGCCGCUGCGUUGCGCCGCCGCUACGGACAACGUCUCCGACGAGGUCGCCGAUGAUGCGCAGGUACGGGUCCGUCAGGUAGAACCCAAGCUUGAUGCUCCUGAUGGAGCGCCGCGGCGUGCUGGGGAGCAAGAGCCACCUUGCUGCAGCUGUGUACGCAGCCACUAUCUGAUCGGCCUCGCAGGUGGAGUGACGGCGCCCUGGCAAGUCCCAGGCAUUGAUCGUGAUGUCUGGAAGCAGGCGAGGGAGGUGCCGCCAUCGCCUCGAGAGAGCGGCGACUCCUACAAGGGUGCGCAGGUCGAGCAACUGCAGGAUGCUGAGCAGAACAUCAUCACAGAGUUCACUGAAUCCAGGAGACACACUAAACAAUUCGGUUUCGUUUUCUGUUCAUUACCGAAGUACUCUACCGAUCUGCAUCUAGAGCUACACCGAGAUCUUGCAUUCAGUGGAACGAUUGAGUUCAAACCUCCAGCCCGGCAAGGGGUCCAGAGGAUUGGCCCGACCGGCGGCUUGCCGGAGAAUCCUGGGUUAUUCCCGGGCAUCACGUCGCCUGCGAUUCUCGGCCGUCGGAUCCAACUUCUACGGUGGAGACGAGGGCGCGGGCGCGGGCAGCGUCUCGAUGCUUCGCCCGGCUCCAACGCCGCCGCCGGAAGAGAGGUUAGCAACGCCGCCGCUGGCGAGGGGGAGGGCAGUGGGUGGAACGGAGCAAGAACGCCGGCGAGGCUGGGGCGGUGGGCGGAGCAGCGCGCAGCCGGCCGAGCCGGGGCGGAGAGCCCCGCCGCCGCUCGUCUUCGUGGUGGUCUCGGCGACCUCCCCGGUCCACCCGAGAAAUCCCCCACCGGAGCUUGGGAUUCGUCGCUGAUUCGUGCUCAGGCGAGCCGCGGGGCCGAAGCUUGGGGAUUCGUGGCCGAUUCGAGCUCGGGCGGCCGCGCGGCAUGGUUGGAGGCGAGUCGGAGCUGGACCGCCGUCGCCGGCCUCCGCGUCAGCGUCCUCCACCCACCGUGGCUGCAUGCACCCGCAGCAUCUGCUUGUUGCCUCUGUCACCGCGUCACCGGCCCUGCCGCCCCGAGGACAUGGCCAUCCUCGUCGCGUCGAGCUGAGCUCCAUGGGCCCGCGGCGAAGAGCUGGUUGCCGGCGCGAGGAGCAGGGGCGCGGCCGCCGGAUUUUCGCACAGGCGCGGCCGGCGCAGGGAGGAGGAAGGGCGAGCAGGCUCCUGUGUGGGGGGCUGGAGCUGGGCCGCCGCCGCGAGCGAGCAACGGGGGACGGAGCUUGGCAUCCAGCGUGGGGAGGAGUCGGCCGCCGCGGCGUGCCGAUCGGACCUCGGCCUCCAGGCUCCAGCACGCUGUGCGGCGCGUCUGCUGCCUCAAGCUCGCCCGUCAGCCGUCACCGCCUAGAGCUCGCCCGUUCGCUAGUCGCUACUGCCACCUCGACGUGCUCGGCCGCGUGAGGGUCGCCGCGCCGCCCCGCAGCCCCGAAGCCUUUCUGGGCCCAUGCUGCUGACCAAUGGAAUGUGAAGGCAAGGCACCAGCUAAUUUCAUUCAGCAGUAAGAUUGUUUACUGCAGGGUACCUUCAGAGGUGGAGAAUGCUGCAAUCGACAUCUUAGGCAAAAUUGAGAGCAUCAAGGCCCCCGAUCCAGUUUCUCUUGGUUUUGAUCCUGAAUGGAGGGCCCUUUCCAAGAAGAGAUUUGUUGUUCUAUCUAUCCUGAUUUGGAGUAGCAUCUUCGACGUGUUUACCUGGAGCAACACUGCUUGGGCUUUCGUCUCUUUUUUUAUGAAUGUUUCAUGACCCCAUACUUGAAAGUAGUGUUAUCUGAUGAAACAUAAUGGUCAUUAUGGUCUUUGCAGGAGAACCACCAUGUAAAGUUGUUGUAAUGCAGAUCUGCAUAGAAAAGACUCUGUGCUACGUCCUGUAUAUUGCUCACUCUAGAGAACCACCAAUACUAAAAUGUCUCUCAUUCAUCCAA